CUUCAAGAAAGUUUACACUUGAUACUUUUCAUUACUUUUCAUUACCCACGACAAUAAUUAUCAGUUAUAUUAAAAUUAAUUCAAAUAAAUAUAUAAAUUUUUUUGUUUAAUAUUUCAUUGAUAAAUGAUAAAUAAGUGAUUAAAAAAAUUAAGUGACUUACAUAUUAUUAUAAGAUAUAAUAAUAAUAAUAAUAAUAAUAAAAGUACUGAAGUAGUCUUCCAAAAAAGUUACGAGCUGCUAAUUAAUAUUAUUAUCAGUAAUACGCAGUUGUUUGAUAAUAAAUGGUAAUCGGCUGAGUAUUCUUCUAACUAAUGGAAAAAAAAUGUAUAAAGUUAAUAAAAACUGGAGGGAGAUGUUGUGGAUUAAUGGAACCGAUAAUGUUUUUGUUGUUAUUAGUUGACGGAAUGCAAUCUAAUGUCUUCAUUGAUAUGAUUCUCUUUCAAACAUGCAGAAAAAUAAAGGUAGGAAACGAAACUGAUUGUAAUAUUAUUCAAACAAAUAGUAGUAGUGAAGAGGCACGAGAGUUAAAUAAAAUUGUUCAGCUGCAUGCAAGUUAUGUAAUUAUGUCGAAAUCACUGAUGACAAGUAUUUUACCCUCAUUUUUAAUAUUAUUCUUGGGUCCUUGGAGUGAUAAAUAUGGCAGAAAACCUCUUUUAAUAAUUGGAACCUUUGUCCCACUUUGUAGAUACACAAUACUAUCAAUAUUGAGUAUUUUUGAUUCAAAUCCAUGGAUGUUUUUACUAGCUUUUGUACCAUCAGUUUUAUUAGGUAACGGCUGCUUAUUAGCAACAAUUUGCUACAUUUCUGACACAACAGUUCCAGAAAAACGCUCAUGGCGUUUAGCUUGUUUGCAAACUUCUUUAAGGGCUGGAUUAUUGAUCGGGACAUUUAUUGGUCCAUUGAUAUUUCAAAAACUCGGUUAUACAUUUUUAUUUAUUAUUGCUGCUUUAAUUUGUUCAUUAUCACUACUAUAUGUGGUAUUUAUGGUACCUGAAUCUCUUCAGAAUAAGCCUACGAAAAAAUGGGGGAAUCCAUUUGAUUUCUCUUUGGUUAAACAAUUAAUAACAACGUGUACAAAAAAACGUGAUAGUUUAAAUCGUGAAUUAUUGUGGAGUUGCUUACUAGUUUUAUCUUUGAUUAGAAUAAUAAUUGAUGGAAGUUUAGAUAUAAAUUAUUUGUUUGCGCACGCUAAACUUGGUUGGAAUAUCGUGCAGUAUUCAAUGUUCAAUAGUCUUUCUAUGGUUACAUUAAUUAUCGGGACAUUUUGCGGUAUCAAAGUAAUGAAAGAUUAUAUAGGUUUUGCAGACAUUACGCAGAUAUUAAUGGGAUGUUUGUCAGGUUUCUUAGCAUCAUUAUGUCUUUCGUUCGCUACUGAAUCUUGGCAUAUGUAUUUACACGUUUGUUUAGGAUUUUUAAGUGGUAUUAUAUUACCUACUUUACGAUCACUUAUAUCUAAAUCUGCUCCUUCAGAUGAUUUAGGUAAAGUGUUCUGCCUGGUGUCUUUCAUAGACACACUCUUACCUUUAGGUAGUGCUCCAUUAUACAAUUUGAUAUAUUCUUCAUUAAUAUUUGUUUAUCCAUCUCCAGUAUAUUUAAUGACGUCUGGAAUAUAUUUUUUAAUGAUAAUAAUUAAUAGAAUUAUGAAUUUGAGAUUAACCAAUCAAAUAUCGUCUAAUCAAUGUGCUACUCAAUCAGACUGAUAUACAUAUUAGACUGUGCCAAAUAAAAUCAAUAUUUGUUUUUCGAUUCCAUACGAAAAUUACGUUGUAUAUAACAAAAAAAAUUGAGUCAAGGCUCUCAUCUAGGAUCUAUACUUUUUAACAUCUUUGUCAAUGACAUAGUGGACAACCUGGAAUCCGAUUACCUACUUUAUGCUGAUGACAUGAAAAUAUUCAGAAAAAUAAACAGUGAGGCUGACCAUCUUAUACUUCAACUAGACAUUGACAAAUAACACAGUUGGUACCUCAAGAAUAAACUCAACCUGAACGUCAAUAAGUGCGCAAUCAUGAUAUUCACCAGAUCACAUGGCUAUAGGACGUACAAUUAUAAUAUUGAUGGACAACAAUUUCCGAACUCUACCUCGAUCAAGGAUCUUGGGAUUACCUUCGAUACUAAACUUACUUUCUCAGCACACAUCGAUAAGAUUGUCUCGCAAGCUUACAAAGUUCUCGGGUAUAUCCUCAGAUCCGGGAAAGACUUUAAAAACAACCACACAUUGGUUCAUCUUUUCAACUCCUUGCUCAAACCGAUCUUUGAAUACGGAUCAAUAGUAUGGUCUCCUGCUACGAAUGUAAUGAUAGGUAAAAUAGAAAAAAUCCAACACAAGCUCUGCAAAUACAUUGCAUACCGUCUACGUUCAAGGAAUACUGAUGAUGUUUACAGUUAGUACAGGAUAAAUAGUCUGCAAAGUCGUAGACAGUGUGCCGACUUAACCCAUUUUUACAAAACAAUCAAUGGAUAUAUCGAUUCCCCUGAAAUCUUGGAACAGUUCAGUUUCAUCUGCUCAAGACCAGAUCUAAGAUCCCGAAGGCUGCUGCAUUCAAUAAAGACAACAAAAAACUACGUAUGUUAUGGAUCAAUAAACAGGAUUGCGAAUCUAGUUAAUAAUCGUUGUACUGAGUUUGAUUACUUUGGUGGUUCACUCUCCUCCUUUACAUCUAAUGUAAAAAACUUGUUACUACUCUAUUAAUCUGUAUUAGUCUGUGCAAUAAUUUUCUUUAUAGUUAUUGAGUACAUGCAUAAAAAUGAUGCUAACUAAUCAUUUAAUCAUUUAAUCUUGUAAUAAAAACUUUGUAUGUAUACAGCCGAUCGGCGUUUAUUCUAUUCGAAAUAAAUAAAUAAAUAAAUAAAUACAUAUGUAAACUAAAAUAAUUUUUAUCUAAUUAAAUAUUAAAAAGAACUGUGAUUAAUAAA